AUGCUGUCGCUCUUUCAUUUUCUGGUGGCUUGUCUGAUAAGUGUCGCCGUUGCGGCACCGGCGACCACUGUCUCCUGGACUCGCUCGGAUACGGGCACGGAUGCCACGCUUAUUGGCCCGACUCCGCCAAAGCAGGAUCCUUGGUACACGCCGACCGAGGGUUGGGAGUCGGCGGCUCCGGGCGAUGUGCUUCGUGUCCGGGUCGCUCAGGGGCAGUUGGGCCAAACCUUUGACGACCUCGCUGCAGCCUACAACAUUCUUUACCGUACCACCGACAGCAAUGCUCAGCCGUCUUGGGCUGUCACCACCCUACUAAUUCCAAGUAGCGUUGAUGCGACCUCCAACGCUCUGCUGUCGUAUCAGGUUCCCUAUGACUCGGCUGAUCUCGACGCUGGCCCUAGUUAUACCCUGUCUCAGUCCGCCGAGUCUGGUAGAACACCCGGAAACUGCGUCGCGGAGAUUCAAAACGCCCUAGAUGCUGGCUACUAUGUGACUGUACCAGACUACGAAGGCCCACUUGCUUCAUUUACGGCGGGCGUCAUCUCAGGGCAGGCCACGUUGGAUGCGCUCCGUGCAUCAGUUUCGAGUGACCAGGGACUGCCAGGCAUUGCCAAUGCAAAGAACACUUUAUGGGGAUACUCUGGCGGUGCGCUGGCGAGCGAGUGGGCGGCAGAACUUCAAGAGACAUACGCACCAGAGCUCGAAGUCAGCGGCGUGGCCAUUGGAGGUCUCACACCCGACGUGUUUAAUGUCUUCAAUACCGUAACCAAGACGUACAGCGCAGGAUUGAUCCCGCCGGGGGUUGUUGGGCUCGUGAGCCAGUUCCCCGAUGCCCAGGAUUUCGUCUUUGGCCGACUCAAGACGACGGGAAAGUACACCAAGGACAAGUUCCUCUCGGUGCAGAACCUGACGCUGGACCGCGAGGCACCCAUGUUUGCCUUUGAGAACAUCUACGACUACUUUGUGGGCGGCAUCGCCGUAUUCCUCGACCCCCGUGUCCAAGCCGUUAUUGAAAGCGACGGCCUCAUGGGUUACCACGGCGUGCCGCGCGCGCCCCUGUACGUGUACAAGGCCAUCCGCGACGAGGUCAGCCCCAUUGCCGAUACCGACGCCCUCGUCGACAAGUACUGCGCCGCCGGAGCCGAGAUCACCUAUGAGCGCAACACCCUGACCACGCACAAGGACGAGCAAGAUGCCGAGAGUACACGGGCGUUUGCGUUUUUGCAGAGCGUCUUGGACGGGUCCUAUGUCCCGCCGGCUGGUGGGUGUGUGAUUCGCAACGUCACUAUCCCGGACCCUGAUAGGUCGUCCUCGACGUCGGCGGAUGCGCAGCUGCGGCCGGCGACUUUCUUGGACUGGGACGCGACUUUGAACUCUACUGCCCCCUCUACGUUGUAG